AUGAACCCUAAUCCUAACCCUUAUGAGCCCAUGCUCAAGGAAUCCAUCAACCGCUUCUUCGCCGAACACCGCAGAGGCGUCACCAACUUCUCCGACUUCACCACCAUCUUCUCUCGCGUCGUCCACGCCACCGCCGACCCUCCCAUCCCAAUCCUCUGGUUCUACGCUGCCCUCGAAUUUCGCGCCGCGCGCCAACCUUCUAAAAGCGCCAGGGACCUCUUUCAGUUGCUCGUCUCCUGUUCCGGUGCGAUCGAGUCCACGAAGAGGAUCGCUGCGCUCGCGCCGUUAGUCUUUGUCUUACACCGUUUGGCGCUUCGGCGGGGGGAGUUUUGGAGCGAGGUGGAGGGGCUGGUGGAAGGGGUUAUCAGCUACUGCAGCAUUUUCUGCGGGAAGGACGUUUGCGACGGUGACGUGGCGGUUUUGGAGUUCGGGGAUUUAAUCAAGGUGUGGAUGGUGGAUGAUGAUGGUGGUGGUGGGGUUUUUGGGGAUUGCGCUAUGGAAGGGUUUUUCCCACUUGUUAGUGAAGAAUUUCGGAAGGGGAUUGUGACGGGUUGCGAUGUUGGGGUCUUGGCGGGGGUGGUUAUGUGCGAAGCGCUUUUGUUGAAGCUGUGUUUGGCGUUCGAGAAAGGGAUUAGCAGAGUGGAGCUAGAGAAGGAUUUGCUCGCCUCCGCGGUUCAGACCAUGACAGGGUUUAGGAGUUUUCGCUUUUUGGUGUUGUUUCUUCAGCAUUUUAGGAAGCUGGAUCUUGAUGAAACGCAGUUAUGCUUGUUUAUACUUGACAUUGGUCCAAUCCUUGUGCUUUCUGGGGUGACCUCAUUACAGUUUUCAUGUUUGUUCUUCCUGAUUGCUGAUUGGUCUCCAUUCAGAUACCCUUUUCAGGAUGAUGUUGGAGCCAGUUUUGCCAGUGACCUCUUUACUGAGGUUACUCAGGCUUCUGAAAAUCAAGUCCUUUUAAAAGAAGUCCUGUACAAUUCUGUGAUGAUGAUAGACUAUUCAUUCAUUAAUCCUCAGGGAGAACUUUCACUGUAUGCCAAUAGCUUGAAAGAUGUUGCUAUAACUUGGUUGUUUGUUGCCGAGUUAGCUGUGCAGUCUGCUAGGGAAAAAGGUCAUCAGGGGAAAGCUAUGUCUUACAUAAAUGCAUUCUGUGGAUCCUGCAUACCCGUUCAAUUGAUUAACUGGGUUACUAGUCAAGAUUGCUUAGGCAGGAAGAUCAGCAGACCAAAUGUUUCUACUCCCAUUGCUCUUUUAAAGUGGCUUCUAGUUGUUGAGGAACAAGGAAUUGCAGUAUUUGCUGGCGAAACUGCCAAGCAGAUAGACGUUAUGUUCAAAGCCAACUUUUUCACUACAAGAACCGAGUGCUUACUUCCAGUGAUCAAGCAUUUCUUCAACAAUCUGGAUAAGAAUCUCUUUUUUAAUUCCACGAAUGGAGAAGCUGGGGCAGAUACACUUGAUGGUGACAUAGACAUGCUUGAUACUGUGGACAGUGUAAGUUUGGCUGCUGCUGAUAGUCUGAGCACAGUUAUUGAUGGGACAAGAAAACGUAAAGAAGGGAUCGACGAUGAUUCCAAAACACCGCUAAAAUAUAUGAGAUGUCACAUUCAUGAGAAUUCAGUCAGAGAAAACCCCUUUACAUUCAAGCAACAAUGA